UUUAUAUAUUAUAUAUUUAUAAUAGAUUUACAUCCCACAAAUUUGUUUCCUUCUUACUUGGCUACUCAAAAGUAUCCCGCGUUUGCCCUAAUCCAUCACCGCCGUCCGUCACCGCAGCAACUCGCCGUCUCAAGGUUACAUGGAAGAUUCAGAGCAAAGAAGAAAACGGUUGAAAGAAAUGCGAUUGCAAGCUGAUCUUGCUGGAGAUUCAGGUGGUGGCGGUGGUGGUGGUGAAGGUUCCGGUACGCAGGGUGUUCUUUCGAAUCCAUUGGCUGAAGCUCCUUCGAUUAUGCUUCCAUCGGAUGCUGCUCCGAGAUUUAACUAUUAUACAGAUCCAAUGAAUGCGUUCUCUUCUGACAAAAGGAGUAGUGACAAUGUUCGGGUGCAAGCGCCCGAAUAUUUGCCUCCCCCUCCUCCUCUUCCUGUAAAUUUUCGUGGAUCUCCUAUGGGGCAGUUUUCGCCACAUACAGUUCACAUUGAUUGGUUUGAAAUAACAGAAUCAACAAAUCCACAGAUGUCUCCUUCUGCCACUCAAGCAAUGCCAGCACCCUAUAGAAACCCAGUUUGGAAUGGACCUAGAGGCCCUCCUCAGCAGAACUAUCCAUUCCGUCCAUCAGGUGGUGGUACUUAUCCAAGUCCUAGGUUUGAACCACCGGGCGGUCCAUCAUACAACAAAGCACCAGGCAUGAAUCAAUGGCCCGGCCAUAAUCCAAAUCCUAGGUUUGAACCACCGGGCGGUCCAUCAUACAACAAUGCCCCAGGCACGAAUCAAUGGCGCAACCAUAAUCCAAAUGCUUCUUCAGGAUUUAGGCCAAAUUAUUCGGAAGGAUAUAUUCCAAAUCCUUCUUCAGGAUACAGUCCAAAUCAUUCACCAGCAUUCAGGAACGGUCCUAACACUGGUCGAGGGCGAGGCAGGGGCUUCUGGCAGAAUACCAGAGGCCCUGUUUCAGGACAUGGUGGUAGACAAGGAUCAGGUUCUCAUGGUCGCUGGUCCAAUGAAGACAGAAGUUAUGGUCCAGAACGUUAUUACAAGAGAUCCAUGAUCGAAGAUCCAUGGAAGUGUUUGAAACCUGUUAUAUGGUGUUCAAAAUAUCCUUUUUCAAAUAUUUCAUUUACACCCGAGAAUUCGAAACCCCGGGCUCCUUCAGAAUCAACAAGUACAAAAAGGGAGGGACAGCCUGCUGAUUUUAGUAAACCCAAUUCUGGACCAAGCCUUGCCGAGUACUUGGCUUCCGCGUUCAAUGAAGCUGCCAACACUGAAGAAUAAUGUAUGAGUUCAAUGAAGCUGCCAACACUGAAGAAUAAUGUAUGACGAAGACUGCAUUGAAUGCAUUGGACUCAGCUAUUUGUGUAGCGUUUGUACUUUAUACACCAAACACCCAAGAGGAGGUUUUAGGAAUGUGCUCAGCUCAGGUUACUAACAUGAAUUAUUAGUGCAGAUACAAGGUCCGUGCAUGAUCUGUGUAGAAACUGUUCAAAUUAUGCAACCACAUUUUGAGUGUUGUGGUUGUUUAAUGUUUAAAUUUAAUGCUUUGGCAUAAGCUGAAUGCUGAACUUGAGAGACAGUGAGCAUCUAACGGCCUCGAUGUUCCUAAUCAUUAGGCUGGAAAAUUGAAUGGUUUUAUGCAUAUUAUAGAAUUUUUUACACUGCA